AGCGACAUCAUGUCUUUUUCAGAAGGAUUAUUCCUCUGUUACAGUGAAAGUUUUGUUAUUUCUUUGGAUUGUAAAGAUUCUAGACCAGGGGUGCUCAAUCCUGGUGGUGGUCCUCGAGAGCUACAGUACCGUCCCGCUUUUUUUCCAACUCUCCCGGCUGAUUACCUAGAUCAGGUGUCCCAGUAAGCUGCUGACUGCGUAAACACACCUGGUCAAGGUAAUCAAUAUUUACCUGGGGCAGGGAACAGGACCGUAGCUCUCGAGGACCAGGAUUAUGCACGCCUGUUCUAGACCAAUUUUGGUCUGGAAGCUUCAGACAUCAGGUGAAGGUCAGCAUCGAUACCUUCACCUAAGGCAGCAACAUCUUAUCUCUUUUAGUGACAUCCCGCCAGUGGUACUGUAUAACCUGACACAGUUACUUUUCAUCAUCUCAUUGUUUACAGACCUGCUGCUUCAGCCAAUCAUCUCUGUUUCCUCCAUGAACGGGGUUUCCCAGUCCCAUCAGCAGGGGUUUCAGGUGUUCAGAGGUUUCAGCUUCACAAUCAGCUGCUCCAUCCAGCCCCAGUACCCAGGAGGCUCCUUCCAUCUCACCUUUACCUCCUCCUCCUCCACUGCAGAACACAACUACACCCAGCCAGCUGUCAAUGAUUCUACCCACUUCCCGUUUCCUGUUGCAGAGCCCGCCCACCAAGGAACCUACACCUGUGUUUAUCAGGUGUACGUUUUUUCCCAAAACUUCUCCUUUGAGAGCGGUCGACUGCCUGUCAUUGUCUCAGAUCCACCAGAGUUUCCCCUCAAAGUCGUCAUCCUGCCUUUUACUUUGCUGCUGCUCAGCGCUACCCUUUACUUCUACUGUAAGACGACCAGGGGGCAGACGUCCAACAGACAGGAGGACACGGAGCCAGGUGUUGGUGCAGCUGAAGAGGAAGUAGACGUCCAAGGAGUUCAGGCCACACCCUCAGGAAUCUGAGACUCUUUUGAUCCUGAUGUUGUCCUUUUAAUCGUUCGCUUUCUUUACUUCAUGGUUUCUUUAUUCAUCUGCCUUUGGUGGGUUGUUGUUAAUAAAAGGGCUGCAGUGAAAAAUGAAA